AUGAUCUGUGUAAAGACUCGGCAUUUUAGCUUACAUCGAAUUCUUUUGCUGGCAAUCGGCUUAUGGCCUUGUCAGCGAUCAAGGCUCGCUCAAUUUCAGCUAAUUUUGUGUUUUGGUAUCUUGAUUAGUUUUAUUAUAUGUCAGCUUACAAUAAUUGUCACUGCAGAAUUCACUCUUGAGCUUGCCAUCAAUGUUCUGUCUAUAGGAUUGUUUUUUACUAUGCUUGCGAUUAUGUACAAUUCUUUUGGAUUUAAUUUUGCUGAAAUGGUAAAACGUCCUUUGGAGGAACUUCAGCAGAUCUGUAACGGAUUAAAAGAUGAAAAAGAAAUUGCUAUUAUGAAGAAAUACGGGGACAAUUUGAAACGUCAUACUUUUACUAUUACGCUAUUUUAUAUAUGCAGUCAAAUUAUUAUUUUGUCAAUUAUUUCAUUGCCAUUCAUAUCGCGGAUAUUUGCUCUGCAUAUAAAUGAGUCUCAAUCACAUAUAUUAUAUAAAUGUAUGCCUAAGUAUUUAGUCGACCAAGAAAACUAUUUGUAUUUAAUUGUACUGUACGUGGAUACGUCAAUAUUUAUUGGUGGGACUGCAAUGGUUGCAACAGGAUUGAUGCUCAUUGCGUAUCUUAAACAUGCCUGUGGAAUGUUUAGAAUUGCAAGUUAUCGUAUAAAGAAAGCAAUAAAUAUGCAGAACAAUGUUCCCCCAAAAAACGAAAUUGCAAUGUAUAAAGGAAUAAUUUAUGCCGUAGACAUUCAUCGUACAGCUAUGAAGUUCUGCACAUUUUUAUUUUCCUAUCUUCACUUAUCACAUUUCUUUUUAAUAGUAGUUGGUGUGGUUUGCUUGAGUCUGAAUCUUUACGCAAUAUCUGAGAUUGUAUUGCAUGGAGGCGACAUCGAUCAAUUUUUGCUUCAUUUUCUAAUUGUAAUUAUCAUUUUUAUAUACCUAUUUUUUGCCAACUAUGCUGGUCAGGAACUUACGGAUCACAAUAACGACAUAUUUUUCGCCGUAUACAGUGUUCAAUGGUACGCAGCACCUUUGCAUAUACAAAGAUUGAUACUGUUUCUCUUGCAAAGAGGUAGCAAAGCUGUAAAUCUGAAUCUUGGCGGCGUGUCUAUAUUAUCCUUACAGUUUUUCGCGACGUUAACGAAGGCAUCGAUAUCCUAUUUUACUGUCAUGUAUUCUACGCAACAAUAA